AUGUCAGCGUCUGAGGAUCUCUCCCGUGUGAGCUUCGAGGACGAGCAGUUGCCUGGAUUCAAGGGAGACCAACACGAGCUUCUACGUGACGAUGAGUGUUUCCAAGACCAGAAAUCAUCCAAUUCGGUCGGACUGGUACCCGAUGCACAUGCUUCGUACCCAUGGACAAGAUGGGUAGAGAGUCUUCGGUCACGAAGAAAAGAAUACCAGCCUGCCACCCACGUCGAUGGAUGGUUCGAUGAGCCUCCGUUCAAUGAGAAGGUAAAAUAUCCACUGGCACCAUCCUCACCUGUGGGAGAGUCAGUGGAUCAAUUGUCUGUAUGCUCAUCGAUCCUGGGGAGAGUGAAAACAGCGAGUAUUAGCAUACCGACCUCUAGCGACUUGAGAUCCAUGACAAACACAAUCGCUAGCAGCAGUAUUAAGCCAUCACGGAAGUCUAUGGAUAGUACUAGAUCCGCUCUCUACGGUAUAAUGAAUCAUGCAAACAAAGCGAGGGCAGUCAAGAGGCGUCACGUAUUGCGGGAGAUUUACAGCUCCGAGGCAAAUUAUGUCCAUGGGCUACAAACACUGGUUCAGCUCCUCUCAGCGUAUCUCACCAUGCGACCUACCGUCCUUCGUGACUUGCGACGCUUAUACGAUAUGCACGAUGCUUUCAAGAAGAGAUUGGAAAUCGUCAGUCCACUGUCAACAGAAGCUUACAGGGUUAAUUUAGUCCAAAAAAGGACAGGGAUUGUUCAAAAAAUCCACAAUCGACCAGUCUUGAAGCGAAAUAUCAGACGACUCGUUGACGGACAGCUGAGAAAGGACACUGCAGAUCCAGCGGAAGCCUUGAUGGUAGCCAUGGAAAUUGACGAUUUGACUGCAGGUUUUGGUUUGUAUGAAAGUUUUAUAGACAACUUCGAUGUCCUCGUAGAAGACCUUUCCAUUCUUCGUCAAACUCGGCCAGCGGAUGGAUUCUGGGCAGAAGGUGUUGAAGCACUCUCAAAAUCGGUAGAUUCAACACAGAGACGCAAAGAAAAUGGCAAAAAUUCUCUGACAGUCGACGAUCUCAUUGCGAAGCCAGUUCAACGUGUUUGCAAGUAUCGACUGCUUCUGAGUGAACUUUUGAAAACACUCCCCGAGCCAGAUUAUCCAUCAGUGCACUCCAAGGUUAAAUGGGUUUUGGAUAGGAAUAUAGAAGCAGUGGAUACAAUCAACACCAUUGUUGGGAAUCCUUACCUUCGCAUGCGCAUUGAAAAGACAGUCUCCUUGCAUGAGCGUCUCGAAUAUGGUGACCAAACUAUCGUCGAGAACGUGUAUCAAGAUUUAGGACCGUUUAUUCUCUGUGGGGUUCUCCACGUAGCUUAUAGUUCUCUAGGAGGCGUAGAUGGACAAUAUUUGGUUUGCAUAUUAUUCUCGAGCUAUAUUGUGCUAGCAAAGCCGGCACAUGAUUCUCGCAAACUGAUUCUCGUUGCAUCUAUUUAUCUCACAGACAUGACAGUUGACACGUUGAUGAACGGGCAGGGCGUUGCUUGUUUCGAUACUCCAUUUUCUUGGAAAGUUGUCUUUCAGUAUAACAAGAACCGUUAUGAGCUCAUUCUCAGUGCCUCUUCAGCUAGUGAAGAACGGAACUGGAAAACGGAAAUAUUGAAAGCAUCGGCCAUAUCACCAGAAGAAAUACCGACCUUAUCAUUAGAACCUCGACGGUUCUCCCUCUUAUCCAUUCCUUUGCAGACAUUGGAAAGCGACGGUCGAUCAUUACUACUCUCUCGAACAGCCUCUUUGAGAUCACUGUCCUCGCAUUCGUUUCUCCGGGCUGAACAGCCUCAGGUCAUCAUCAAGAAAACUUACAAUCCUGUGUACGACAGUGAGGUCCGACUGUUACAGGAUUCUGAAUUGACGCGCUCUCGGUCGGUUGCCAAAACAAACAUUGGUGAACCUACGAUUCUAGCGCCUUUGCGAUGGAGCCGAGUAAAAUUGGAACGAAGCAUUGCAGAUAUUUUCAGUCAUGAAAUCCUUCCGUAUCCAGGGAUGACCCUAGGCCGAACCGAUUAUCUCCAGACUCAAACGAUGAUGCGCAAGUCGAUUAUACGGGGUCUUUCUUUACGCGGUGUUUUUAGUAAUCGACGCUCCGCUUCUCUCGGAAAAGCUACUUCUUUAUCUGUGGACAGUGGUUGGGAAAUAAUGGAAGAUGAAAAGGAAAUGGACACCGCAAAUUCAUCCAAUGACGCAGACAUGGAAGCGAAGUCUGAAAGUAUUCCCCUAGCACGAACACAGAGCAUGCAAGACCCACGUCCCAAGGCCAGACAAAGCCUAGCCCGGGCAACGUCAGAUAAUCUCAGCACCAAACUUAGUGACACAAAGUCAAAGAGUCAGGCGCGGUCCCUGUGGAAACGAUGGCCGUCUUCGCUUUCUGUGUUUGGCCUGUUCAGCAAUAGGAGCUCUGGCACCGAAUAA